GUAGUCUAUAAAUUGGUAUUGAAAAUACUAUAAAACAAGAGUCCAGAUUAAUAAGUGGGCUUUGCUAGAUGUGAAAUAAAUAACAUUAUUGAUUCGUGUGUAGAUGGAAUAAAGAAAAAUUAAAUUAUUCACACAAUAGAGAGGUUGAUAUUUUUUUAUUGGGAAUUAUCAUUUUAUAAAAAAUUUAAUACAGUGAAACAAGGAUAUCUAUAAAUAAAUAUUGGAACAAUUAGUAAUGCUAGUUAUAACAUAAAAAAAAUGUGGAAAAUAAUUGUUGUUGUGAGCAUUAUUUCACAGUGUACAAAUGCCAGAUAUUUUGACAAAAAAAAGAAUGAAACCGUCAAUACUGUUUGUCCAUCUGAAGGAGUUUUUGAAAUAGAAAAAGAGUGUAGUAAAUAUUUGGUAUGUACGCGAGAUCGCGAAACAGGUGACAUUGAACAUACAAUAAAAGAUUGUCGUGAUGGAUUAGUAUUUUCAAAGUAUCGAAAAAAUUUGUGUGUUAAACCAAGCACAUCUCAACGACCAGAAUGCAUGGAUAGUCGCAACAUAAAUAUAUCAAAUGACGAAUCACCAGUAUGUGAAAAACAAGGAUUAAUAGAAAAUAAAAAUGACUGUGAAUCUUAUUAUUUGUGUACGACAGAUACUAAAAAAGCAUGGAUACUAGUAGGUCCAUACAAAUGUCCAAACGAUAAAGUCUUUGAGCCACAACGUAAGACAUGUGUGUCUCGUUCAGCAACGACUCGUGAAGAAUGUAAAAUUAAGGAAGAAGUAACAACAAGCUCUUCCAGCAUAUUGACGACCGUGACGGAACAAACUUCACAACCUUCAACUGAUGAAGUGAGCGAUAUUGGAAGAUCUAAAAAAAACAAAAUUGAAGAGAAACAAGAACAAAGUGAACAAAGAUCGGAUAAUGGAAAUCCGUCUGAAUUUAAAACUAUUGAAAACGCAACGAAUGAACCUGGAAAUACCAAACCAUCUGCAGCUGAAAACAUUUCAAGUCCGACUGAAUCUGGACAGACUAAAUCAUCUGUAUCAGAAGAUACACCAGGCGUAACUGAGCCGUCUGUAAAAAAUCAAUCUGAAUCGAUUGUAUCUGAGAAUACGCCAAGUCCAGUUGAAUCUGGAGAGGCUCAACCAUCAGUAUCGGAAAAUACACCGAACCUAAACGUCUCAAUAGAUAAUAAUCAAUCUAAGGAAUCUGAAACGUCUGUAGCUGAAAAUACACCCAGCCCUAGUGAUUCCGGAGAACCUCAACCAUCUUUAAUAGAAAAUACACCUAGUCCAGACGUCUUAUCCGAUGAAAAUAAACCUGAAGAGGUUGACCCAGAAAAUACACCCAGCCCAGCUGAAUCUGAAGAAGCUCCACCAUUUGUAUCAGAAGAUACACCAAGCACCGCUAACUCUGGAGAACCUCAACCAUCUGUCAUAGAAAAUACACCCAGUCCAGACAUCUCAUCAGAUGAGAAAGAAUCUGAAGAAGCUCAACAAUCUGCAACAGAAAAUAUAGCAAAUCAAAACGUCUCAACAGAUAAAAAUCAAUCUGAAGAAUCUGAAUCACCUGUAUCGGAAAAUACACCCAGUCCAGACGUCUCAUCAGAUGAGCAUGAAUCUGGAAAAGCUCAACCAUCUGUUUCAGAAAAAUUACCUAGCCCAGAUGAACUAUCAGCGAAAAAUUCAUCUGAAGAAUCUGAAUCUGAAUCGUCUAUAUCUGAGAAUACACCGAGCACAGCUGGAUCUGGAGAACCUCAGCCAUCUGCUAUAGAAAAUACAUCGAAACCUGACGUCUCAUCAGAUGAGAAAAAAUCUGAAGAAGCCCAACCGUCUGCAUCCGAAAUUACACCCAGCCCUGCUGAAUCUGGAGAAGCUCAACCAUCUGUAUCUGAAAUUAUGCCAAGCCCAGACGUUUCAUCAGAUGAGAAAAAAUCUGAAGAAGUUCAAUCAUCUGCAUCUGAAAAUACACCAAAUCCAGCUGAAUCUGAAGAAGCUUCACGAUCCGUAUCUGAAAAUACACCGAAUCCAAACGUCUCAACAGAUGAAAAUCAAUUUGAAGAAUCUCAAUCACCUGUAUCUGAAAAUACACCCAGCCCAGCAAAUUCUGAAGAACCGCAAGUGUCUGGGAUAGAAAUUACACCCAGUCCAGACGUAUUAUCAGGUGAGCAUGAAUCUGAAGAAGCUCAAUCAUCUGUUACAGAAAAUUCACCAAGCUCAGAUGAACCAUCUGCGAAAAAUCAAUCUCAAGAAUCGUCUAUAUCUGAAAAUACAUCAAGCCCAGCUGAAUAUAAUGAACCUCAGCCAUCCGCUAUAGAAAUCACACCCGGCCCAGACGUCUUAUCAGAUGAGAAAAAAUCUGAAGAAGCCCAGCCGUCUGCAUCUGAAGACACACCAAGCCCACUUGAAUCUGAAGAAGUUCAACCAUCUGUAUCUGAAAUUACACUGAGCCCAGACGUCUCAACAGAUAAAAAAGAGUCAACAGAAGCUCAAACAUCUGCAUCUGAAAAUACACUGAGCCCUGCUGAAUCUGAAGAAGCUCAACCACCUGUAUCUGAAAAUAAAUCAAGCGAAAACGUCUCUAUAGAUGAUAAUCAAAAUGAAAGAACUGAUGCGUCUGUAUCUGAGAACACUCCAAGCUCAAACGCCACCUCCGAUGAAAAUGAAACUCAAACAUCUGUAUUAGAAAAUACUGCAAAUCCAAACGUCUCAACAGACAAUAAUCAAUCUGAAGAGUCUGAACAGUCUAUAACUGAAAAUACACCUAGCUUAUCCGAUUCUCUAGAACCUCAACCAGCUAUUGUAGAAAAUACACCCAACUCAAACGUGCAUGAAUUUGAAGAAGCUCAAACAUCUAUACCAGACAAUAAAUCGAGCCCAGCAGAGUCCGAAGAAGCUCAAGCAUCUGUAAUAGAAAAUAUACCUAGCCCAGACGUCUCAUCAGUUGAACCUAAAUCAGGAGAUGAUCAACUACCUGUUAUUGAAAAUGAACCAAGUUUAAACGUCUCAGCAGAUAAAAAUCAAUCUGAAGAAUCUGAGUCGUUUGAAUCUGAAAACACACAAAGCCCAAACGCUGCAGCAAAUGAAAACGAAUCUGCAGAAGCUCAACCAUCUAUAUCUGAAAAUACGCCCAGUCCAAACGCUGCUUCUGAUGAAAAAAGAUCUGAUGAAUCUCAAGAUUCUGUGUCUAAAGAUACACCGAGCGACUCACUCGAUGACAAUGAAUCUAGAGAAUCUCAGCCAUCCAUAUGGGAAAAUACACCAAGCCCAGCAGAAUCUGAAGAAGUUGCGUCACCUGAAUCUCUGAAUACACCCAGCCCAAACAUCUCAGUCGAUGACAAGGAAUCUGGAGAAUCUCAACCAUCUGUAAUAGAAAAUACACCAAAUCCAGACGUCUUAUUAGAUAAGCAAGAUUCUGAAGAAGCUCAACCGUCUACAUCUGAAAAUACACCAAGCCCAGCUAAUUCUGAAGGACCUGAACCAUCUGUAAUAGAAAGUACACCUAGUCAGGAUGUCUCAUCAGAUGAGAAAAAAUCUCAAGAAGCUCAACCAUCUGCACCUGAAAACACACCGAGCACAGAUCAAUCUGAAAAAGCUGAACAAUCUGCACCCGAAAAUACAUCCAGCCCAGCUAAUUUUGGAGAGAGUCAACCAUCUGUCAUAGAAAUUACACCCAAUCCAGACAUAUCGUCAGAUGAAAAAGAAUCUGAAGAAGCUCAACCAUCUGCAUCUGAAAAUACACCGAGCUCAGCUAAAUCUGAAGAAGUUCCACCGACUGUAAUAGAAAGUACACCCAGUCCAGACAUAUCAUCAGAUGAGAGAGAAUCUGAGGAAUCUCAACCUUCUGUUUCUGGAAAUACUUCAGAGCCAGCUGAAUUCGAAGAAACUCAACCAUCUGCGGCUCAACCAAGCACUAAUUCGCCAAGCUCAGCUGAAUCUAUAGAAUCAAAAUCACCUGGUUCUGAAAUUACACCGAACCUACCCGAAUCUACAGAAGCUCCGCCAUCUUUGAUAGAAAAUACAUCCAGUCCAGACGUCUUAUCAGAUGAAAAAAAAUCUGAAGAAAAUCAACCAACCGCUACAGAAAAUACACCCAGCUCAGAUGACUCAUCAGAUGAAAAAGAGUCAACAGAAGCUCAACCACCUGUACCUGAAAAUACACCAAGCCCAGCUGAAUCUGGAGAACUUCAACCAUCUGUAUCUGAAAUUACACCGAGCCCAGACGUUCUAUCAGAUGUAAAAGAAUCUGAAGAAGCUCAACCGCCUGCAUCUGGAAAUACUUCAAGCCCUGCUGAAUCUGAAGAAGCUCAACCAUCUGUACCUGAAAAUACACCAAGCCCAGCUCAAUCUGGAGAAGUUCAACCAUCUGUACCUGAAAAUACACCAACCCCUGCUGAAUCUGAAGAAGCUCAACCAUCUGUACCUGAAAAUACACCAAGCCCAGCUCAAUCUGGAGAAGUUCAACCCUCUGUAUCGGAACACACACCAAGCCCAGUUGAAUCUGAAGAAGUUCAAUCCUCUGUAUCAGAACACACACCAAGUCCAGUUGAAUCUAAAGAAGUCCAACCCUCUGUAUCGGAACAUACACCAAUCCCUGCUGAAACUGUAGAAUCCGAAUCGUCUGUAUCAGAAAUCACUUCAAGCCCAACUGAAUCCGUAGAAUCUAAACCCACUGUAUCUGAAACUACACAAAGUUCAAUUGAAUCUGAAGAAUCUAAACCAUCUGUGUCUGAAAUUACACCGAGCCCGAGUAAAAAACCCGCGGAUGACGAAUCAAGAGAAGCUAUUGUACCUGUAACAGAAAAUUCUUUGAGCUCAAGUGAGUCUGAAGAAACCAAGCCAUCUGUUGUUGACAGUACACCAAGCUCAGCUGAACCAUCUACAAAAAAUCAAUCUGAAGAAAAUAUUACGCCUUCAGUAGAAAUUACACAAAGCCCAAAUACAUCUACAGAAACUGAAACGUCCUGGUCUGAAGAAUCUUCAAGUUCUAGUGAACCUGAAGAAGCUGAUUCACCUGAAAGCGAAUCACAAGAUUCAAAAAGCUCAGAAUUUCCAAGCCAACAAAAUUCCAGUGUACCUCAAGUAUCAUGUCCUCUGGGUGACUUGACAGGAGAACAAAUUCCUUUGGUUUGUCCAACUGGUUUCCGCCGUCAUCCAAAGUACUGUAAUCUUUUCUAUCAAUGCACAACUACAAUGGAACUUGACUACAGUAUCACAGUCUUAAGAUGUCCAGUCAAUACUAUUUAUGAUACAAAAAAAAUUCAAUGUUUACCACCUCAUCAAGUCAGUGAUCCUUGUAAUGGCGCCGUGGCUAAUGAAGACUUGUCCAGUCAAACAACUGAUCAAUACGUGCAAUCUCUUACUGUCAGUGAAAACAUUUUAUGCCCAAGCGUUGGCCAUCAUCCUCAUGAUGUAAAUGGAUGCAGUGAUGUAUUUUACAAAUGUUUUUUGAACAAAGGACUCAUCGAAGGCUAUCUUCAUAAGUGCAACGAAGGCGAGGCUUAUUGGCCCAUUUCACGUCGUUGUGUUGAUGCCAAAGCAAUUCCUCAUUGUAAUUAAAUCUCAAUCACUUGACUUUUGAUUCUAUGAUAUAUAAAGAUAAUAAUUUUCAAUUAAACAUAUCAUUAACGAUAUAGUUUAACUUGUAAUUAUUAAAUUUUAUUUGAUAUUUUUUAUAAAUUUUAAUGUCACACGUUAAUAAUAAAAAUUUAAUUGAAUUUG